CUUAUUUUAACUCAUUAGAUAUGAAUACUAGUGUUAUUGAGUUAUAUUAUUACAAUAUUUGAAAUCUAUUCUAAAUGUGUUAAGUUUAAUAUUCUUUAAAAUGGAUCAAAUUUCUCGAAAUUUUGAAAAUGUUCACAAAUUUCCUAAUUCAAGCACUUUUACCUCUCGCAAGUCCAGUAUUGCCAUUUUAAAGAUCCCUGAUCCUUUAAUUACCAUCACCAAUUAUAAACCUUCUACCACUAAAUGUUCAUGUAAAUUCCACUGUUCCUGUCCCAUUUCAACUUCUUUAAAAGAUUUUACAACAAAUAAUCCCUUGAAAUCUGUAAAUACUCCCUUGAAAUCUGUAAAUACUCCCUUGAAAUCUGUAAAUAAUGCUUUAAAUUAUAAUGAUUUGGCCACCAAUUCAGCACUGCCAAUCAAUAAUCAACCUGGUCUUAAUCCUCCACAUGAUGAAAGUGUGACUGAAACAGGUGCUAAAAUUGCCGAAAAUCCAGCUAAAACUGGCAAAAUAGUACCUAAAAACGCUGGGAAAACACCUAAAACCCCUGUGAAGAAGUCUCUUAAACGUCUAAAGAAGUCUAAAACUAAGACUAAAACUAUGCCUAAAACUAAGACUAAAACUAAGAGUAAAACUGUGCCUAAAACUAAGAGUAAAACUGUGCCUAAAACUGUGAACGUAAAAUCUAAAAAAUGCUCAAGAAAGCUUAAAAGACUUAAAAAACUCAACAUUAGCCACAGUAACUCACUAAACAGCGCCAAUUCCACACAAUCCAACACUAACACUAAGAAUUUAAACACCUUUAACACCGAUAAUACUCUGGACACCCAUAACACACUCAGCAGUGAUGUAAUAAGUGUGACUAAGAGCAUAAAGUUGAAAACUGAUAAGUGUGUUGGUACUUAUGACAUUGAGGACGUGAACCUUGACCGAGAAGCUUUGAACAUUUUAGAGCACUUGGGUGAGGCUGAAAAUCUCCUAAAAUUUGAACGGGAACGUCGUUUCAGUCAAAUUAGAUCAGACUACAGCACUGUCAGGGAUAGAAUUGAAGAGAAAUUCCACCUAGUAAUCAUGUGUUGCCGUAAACGUCAAAAUGAUUUAAACUCCAAAUUUCUUCAAAGACUGGAUAAUGUGGAGAAGAGCCUUUCAAGCAUCAAAUUACCCACUUUGAAACACAUUAAGAAACACCUUGAAUUUUUUAACUAACC